CUAAAAGAUUUUCAAUUUUAUUUCAGGUUGAUAAUCCUCAAGGAGGCCAAAGGGGAUGAAGGGAGUUAGGUGGCUCCUCUCCAAACCCACAUCGACAGGGCCAACCCAAGGCCACGAAUCGCUGCCAAAUGAGAUAGACAAGGCCUGAUCUAUAAGCUCUGAGGUCCUGGUCCCCUUCUCCAGGCUCCAGGUCUGCCUUCUGGAGCUUUGCUCUCCAUCCAAAGGAUUUGGAGGUGAGCCAAGAUGUACUAUGGCUGCUCAGGGUUGGCUAAGGCCAAACGUCAGCACCUUGAGGAUGACAUAGUCCAUUUGCUGGAGAGAAAAAACUGAAAGCAAAAAGCUCAAGUGGACUCUUUUCCCCUGUCCCUGUACUCCUCCCCCCCAUCAUGGGCCCUGGAAAUGUGCUCACUCCAGAGGCCCUAGUUCUCUCCUGCUGUCUGUUGAAGCUGGCAUUGAAACAGGAAGAGCGCUCAUCUCUGAUCUGACAGGUCUGUUUGGCCUUCUGGGCCUGCUUAUGAGCCCCCUUGAACACUUAGGGGUAGGGCCAGCCAAGAGGCAGAACCCAUAAAAUUCUCCAGGGCAAUCCAGUUUAAUCCUUUCCAGGUCUGUGGACUUAAUCUGGGACCACUCUCAGCUGCUCCUGUCCAAGAGUCUACAGCUUUGUGCCAAGCUAACCCUUCUUCCACAGAUACCUCACCUUCAGUUCCUUGGAGGCAAGGACUUCCUUCAACUCUGAGGCCCUCUUUGAACUGGCUGGCUGGCUAAGGCAUGUGUCCCCUUCACCAUCUGACAUGUCUCCGAACUUGUCACAAAUACUUUUUAGCUUCUCUAUGCUCUUCAGGUCGGGGUCAAAACACACUGUUUCUAACCUUUACCCUGCUCAAAUUCCUCUCUUGCUUGGUCUCUUUGGCCUGAGUAUCCUACCAGAUCUAAGCCUGGCUGGCAGACAAGGUAAGCCCUGGCUUCCGGUGCUCCCAAGGCAGCCAAGCCCUGGCCUUUUCUCCCAGGAAGCAUGGGGCUCUAGCAACCUCCCUGGCCUGGCUCCACAAGGCACUCACUGGCUGCUUCCUGUCUUUUGGAGGCUUUCCAGGCAUAAAUGUUGGAUGGUUAUUAGGAGCCACUCCUUGUCUCAUUCCCCUAAGGAAAGUCAAGUGGGCAAAAAAAUGGUAGCGAGCCCCAGCUAAACACCAAGGACCACUCUGGCUCUGAACUGGGAAAGAAUCCUUUGAGUUGAUGAUGUCAUGGCUAGUGGAGGAAGAUAUGGGGAGUUCCAAGGCAGCCUGGUGAGAAUCUUGUGUGAAGUUUCUGGGGUUUCACCAAAGGCUUCCCAGUAUUCGAGAGUCCAAUAUGAGACCAUAGAAGAUCUCUGAAUCUUUCUCUAAUAGCAGAAUAAAUCCUCAGUAUUACAAACCUAGCUCUGGAAGUUUCUGUCCCUGGGGCCUGGCCUAGUUUGCCUGUUCCUGGCUAAUGAAGCAGCUAGGGUGUGCCACAAUGCACAAUGCUGGACUUGGAGUCAGGAAGACCCGAGUUCAAAUCCAACCUCAGACAUUUCCUAGCUGUGUGACUCAGUUCCCUCAAGCUGUAGCAUAAAGAUCAGAAUGAUAGCACCCACUUCCCAGGGUUGGUAUGAGGAUCACUUGAGGGGUCACUUAGCCUAGUACCUGGCACACAGUAGGUGUUCUAGCAAUGCUUUCACCCUACUGUGGGUCCUCCAAGGGUAGUCGCUGUGUUCCUGCUCAGACUCUUGUUUCAUUGGGUGGCACCUCCUUGGACAGGGGUGCUGGCCCCACCUGGCUCCUCUCUCCUGGCCAUUCACCUCAGACUUCCUGAGCUCCUCCUACCUCUGUCACCAGGGUAGAGAGGUGACAGAACCUCUUGGCUUCACAAUGUCAUUUUUAUCUUUAGAUGCCAACUCUUACAGGGGAACCUUCUCCUGCUCCUCUUUCAGCAUGUUGUUCUUAAAAGGCAGCUCUGAUGCUCAAACUCCAGGUUGACACAGGGCAGUUCAGUCUGUGCUGUGGGAUUCUCACUAGUACAGGGAAUGCUGGACACUGCCCGAUGUCCCCAUCCCCAUCCCUCACCCCAGCAGAUCAAUUUCUACCCCUAUUUAGCCCAUUCUUCACCUUCUGCACUUCCAAGGCCCACAGUAGGGUGAGGUGGGAAGAGAAGGGGCACAGGCAGGGAGAAAGCCUCUGCUUUCCCCAAUAAUAUCGAUUCUUCAAGUCCUAGCUUUGGGUUGUUUUCCCAUCCUACCUAUUCCUCCCAGACCUCCAAAGCAUGAUUACUUCUACUUCCUCAAAUCCUUAGCUAGGCUACACACAGAAUAGUGUACACAUGGCAUAUGCUUUGAGUUAAUUUUUCAGGUGGUGCAUUUGGGUACAUGGUCUAAAAAGCCAUACAGAGAGCAAAAAGGUUAGCAAGAGCUAGAGAGAGGGAGAUGGAGAGAAACAGAGGAAAAAGAGAGGGGGGGACCUUUAGAUAUUACUUAUAGUUCAAUCACCUGCUUUUCCUGAGAAGGAAAUCAGCCCAGAGAUAUGUGGAAAUGUCUUAAACCCCACAAGGACCCCAAUUCUAAGCCGUUCUCUUAAGCAGAGGAGAACCAGGCCCCACCAGACUCCUCCUUCUCCAUCACCCCAGCCGUCCAGGUUGGUCUCCUGGGAGUCUUUCGGAUCUAAGCUGAGGAGCUGCCACCCACGCCCAUGGCAUGUCCUCCUUCAAGCUCUGAUAGCAGUGGGGAGGCUUCCUUAGGCUCUUCUUUCUGGGGCUAGUAGUGCUGGGUGUCUUCUGCUGAGGGCUAAAGGCAGAUCAACGUCCCAAACAAACGAUUCAAGGUGGGGGAUUUGUCCUCAGAGACUACUUGCUUGGUUGGAAAGUCAAGAGUGAGGGGCUGGCCAAUGAGCUCCUGCCCAGCAAGCCCCCCCCCCCCCUACUUUUCAUUGUGAGGUGACCAAACGCAAGAAGGCAUUGUGGAGUUGGAGACACCGGGCAAGACGAAGCCUCCUCGAGGAGCCAGGAAAACGGGUGCUAUGCUGUGGACCGGGGGCAGGUGCUGAAGCCCAAGAGUUGAAGGAGAUGAAUGGAGAAGGCGACUUCGAGCAGAGGAACGCUGCAGCUGAAUCGAGGGACAGAGGAAAGGUGAGGGGGAGUCUCCCGGGGCAACUCCUGAGCAAGUGCCUUUGGAAUUUCGGGAGUGGAAAAAGGGGGAGCCAGACUGUGGGGAAGAGCCAGACCCAAGAGAGCCCAGAAGAGGGCCCCGCCCCGAAUGCAUCUCGCCCCAGCCACUCUCCACUGCUCCAGAACGAGCCGUAGGCUGACACCGCCCCCCAUCGACUUUCCUGCACGUUCUUCCGCCCUUCCAGUGGGUCCCCGGCUCCGGGCUUAGAGAAGGAGGGGAGGGGAAGUGGGUCGGACCAUCCGCAGCUCGCGACCGGGGCUGGGCCCUACCUGAGCCCUUGGGUCCAGUGAUGCAGGGUCCCUGGGAAAGGGCCCGACGACUUACUGGCCCUCGUGGGCCCCGGAGUUCUCUACUUGGAGCAGUUGCAGAAAGCCGGCAGCGGCGUGGGGGAGCGACCGAGACGCUGAGGGCGGUAAUACCCGAGCCCGCGUAAACACAGACCCUACCAUCGCGAGUUCAAACGAAGGAGAGCGAGAGGAGCUACGCGCGUGCGCAUUCGCCUUCGGGAAAUUAGGCAUGGGCAAGACUGCAGUACUUACUAGCGGUCCUCCUGCGCGUGCGCCCACGAGGAGGGAAUAGUCGAGGGAUAGUCUCGUGGGUUAGCCCUCGGUUAAGCUUCCUGGUGCGCAUGCGCUGUACGGGGGUGGUGGUGGUGGUGGUGGUGGUGGUGGUUGUCCCCCCCCACUCCCCCUCGGCCUAAUGAGGGCAGAAGGGAGAAGCGGCGAUAAAAUUCCUCGGAGCUGAGGGAGGGGCCGUAAUCCGGCUAGGGAAAAGAGUCUCCUCUUGCUCCUUUCCCUGGAGCUUCCUCUUCCACGUGCAGCCGAGACCAAGCAAGAAGGGGAGGGUGGGGAAAAGACUUCCGCCAGCGUUUCUGGUGGAACGCGCGCACGCGCAACCAGCCCCCUCGUUGCCACGGCACCGGAGACGCUUCAUAACUCUUAUCCUACGCGGCAGCGAGAAGCCCCUCCUGGGGCAGCGGAGCGAAGCUUGUAGGGAGAUCUUUUAGCCUCCACUCAGGAUGUAUAAGGUGGACAUCCAACCCGAGCAGAAGGAGGCUGUAGCCAUCGAAGCCCGGAGGAACCGGGAGAAACAGAGGCAGAGUAGAAUCUUUAAUGUUCGGAACCGAGUCAUCGGGGUGGACACGGAAGGCCUCAAGAGCCAGGUGCAGGAACAGAGAAGGCGAGAAAAUGCUGAAUGGGCUCGGGAGGCAGCUCUUGAUGCCAGCCGGGUUCAGUGUGACCUGGUGGCCCAGAUGCUGGAGAAGGAGGAGUCCCAGCGUGCCCGGCAGGUAGCCAAGCAAGUACAGGCCUUUCGUGAGAGGGAGCAGCUGCCCCAAGACUCCCGAGAUUUCGACCUGUAUGAUUCAGCAAGCCCACAGAAGGAGAAUCCGGUCCGAGCAGGUGACCCAGAUGCCCGUUGUGGACCCUCCAGCAUGCAGUACUUUGCUGGAGAAGACUUGGGCCACCCUAGCCACCAGCGCCUACAGCGGGAACAGAACCGUCGUGAAUUGAAUCGUCAGCGGGAGGAGCAUCGCCAGGCGAAAAGGGAUGAGAGGUACUCCGAGCUCUUAGCUGACAAGAAGCGAGUGGAGAUGGAUCUUCGAGCCAUUCACCUUGAGGCCCUGGAGGCUGCCUGCCGAGAGGCCAUGGAUAUGGCCAUGGCCAACUACAACAGAGCUCAGGCCAUGGAGGUGGAAAAGCAGCAACACUUGGCCCGCCAGAGGGAGCAGGAUGACAACCUCACUGAAAUCUAUAAUCAUCUGACCAGUGACUUGCUGACUGAGAAUACUUCAGCUUCCUCACAAAAAGUUUCAGGGGGCUGGAAGGGCAUGAGCCCCGAGCAAGUAGCUGCCAUCCACAAGGAGCAGGCUGCCCAACGCCUGGAGGCCCAACACCGGCGUCAGACUGAGCAGCGCCUGGAGGCUGAGUGGGCCUUUCAGGAGAAGCUGGUCACUCAGGCUGUGUGCCGGCUGGAACGUGCUGAGAAGGUCAAAACGCAGAAGCUACGGCAGGGCCUAGAUGCCUACAACAAGCAGCUAGCCCAAGAGCAGCAGGCACAGAAGGAUUACCUGGAGAAAGUGGUGUACACCAAUGAGCCCACGGCCCACUUCCACCUCCAGUUCAACACCAGCAGCCGCUGAGCUGGGACACCUAACCUAGGGACUUGGGACCUGGGCUAACCGGUCCUAUUGGGGCAGGUGUGCCAAGCUUCUUUCUGUGGGGAAAUAAAGUGACGUUGAGUAGCUAGCUA